AUGUUGAAGUUGUGGCUCGGGCUCGCUCUAACGGCUGAUUCAUCGGCGUUAUUUAGGGGAAGCAAUAGUUUUGGGAUGAGUCUAAAAAGGCCAUCGGAGCUCUAUAAACACCUAAGAGUUUCCAAGAGGUAUAUCCUGGGGAAAUCCCAUGAUGACAUAGUGACAUCGCUCCCAAAAGAUGAAGAUGCCCCCGAGCUAGAGUCACGACAAUUCCAUAAGCAAUUUAUGAUAGGAGCAGAUAUGAAAGUAACAGAGCGGGGUUAG